AUGACACCACCAAACAUCAGCCACUUGAUCGACAGCCGAAGUUCAAACCUGCUCCGAGAAGCCACAGCGCUCGAACUUGAUGGAGUGAAAGUGGCCAUUUACAUCGAGUAUGACGGCUUGACAAAGUGUUUCGUCACCGACGAAAACUUUCAGCCGAAUUGGAACGCGGAAACAGACGCGAAAAUAACAAUUCCGCCAACCCAAAUUUCGAACAAGGAAGAGUAUAAACAUAGCAGUAGCUUGUCGUCUGACUUUGCCUCAUCUUCAGCAUUUGGCAGCCCUGCAUUUUCCGCGCCAAACUCGGAUAUGGUCCGAGCCGAGUUGCCGCUAGAAAGCGGCUCUUUUACACAAAGCAAUCCUUCGAUUUGCGUUUUUGGCACCCCGGUCCUGGAUAGUGUCGAGUCUCCAGAGCCGCGCUUUGCGACUCCGACACCUUGCUCUUCGGCUUUGGUGGAAUCUCCUCAACUUUGUCCUGCAUUGUCAAAAUCCGCUUCCCCAGUUGUUUCGCCACUGCCGAGUUACUGCUCCUCUGUGGAGGCCUUUGUGGAAGACAGCAACCUAGCCCAUUCGUCUCAAAACUCGGCAGCAAAUGCCGCGGGGCCUCCCCGCCUGCUUCCAAGUUUACUUCCUUUGCCAUGCUCGAAUUUUGGUCCCCCGGAAACUAGUCCUUCGGUCCAAUUCCCGAGCACCUAUCUGGCACGCCGGUCUGCUCCGGCGAGUUCAACCAUCCCCGAACGUUUGCUCGAAUCGAGCUAUGUAAUUAAUGCAAUGAACACCCUCCCGACAAACGGAAAGCCGAGAAAAAGGAAAUGGAUCGAAUAA